UUUAUUCUUUGUUUUUAUUUUUUAUCUUCCUUCCUUUUUUUUAUUUCCUUAUCUUCUUCCUUCCCUUAUACAUGUCUUUCCAUAUCUCAAUUUUUAGACACUAUAUAAACCCCUCACCAUGAGAAAACUUUAUCAUUCUCAAUUUCUCACAAUUUUGAUUUCUCUCAUUCUAGGGUAGGCUUAUUUCUCUUGUGUUGUUUUUUUUUUUUUUUUUUCAUCUUUUGAUCUUUGCUUAUAUAUAUAUAUAUUUUUUUUUAGGCGAGAUGGCUUACUUCAAGGAUGUCUCCUCCCCCUCUGGAAACGCCGAGUUGGUGAUUUGCGAGUUUGAAGGUCAACCGCUGGACAAGGUGACUCGUCUAUUGGUGCAUCCACCACUCAUAGGACGCGGAGCUGCUCGCCCUCGCUUGGAGGUCCCAAAUUUCCCAAAGACGUGGUCUCGGAAUGUUGCUGGCGGAAAACAUACUUUGCAAUCCUCACUCCAUCAACACAUACCAAACGAUGCUCUUCCACUUCCAACCUUGGGGCGGCGGAUCAUGGAGGGAGCGUGCGUUUGGAAUGGUCUUCCUUCAUUUGAUGGCAACUUUUCGUACGUGGCCGGCUAUUGGGAAUGGGCGGAGGAUGUGCUGAAUCGAUGCGAGAUUCAACUAAAGAGAGGAAGCAUUUACGAUGCGGUCUAUGCUUCCUUGUUCUCCUACGACUAUUCUCCGGAGAUCGUCAAGGCCGUUUGCGAGGCGUGGUGUCCCAGAACCAACACCCUUUUGACUGCCGCCGGUGAAGUGUCGAUCUCUCUCCGUGACUUGGCGUCCUUGGCGGGCCUCCCCAUACUCGGCUCAUUUUACGAAGAGGUGGUACCAAGCGCAAAGGAGCUAUAUGGCAGUAAAGAGGAUAGGAAGCUGGUUCCCCGUUCGUGCCGAUACCUGUUGCAUGCCUAUCACCUUCUUCGGAGUCGUGACAAAGGUCGACGUGGCGUCCGCACAACCGACUGGAUUUCUUUUUGGUGCGAAAAGACCGUCAAAUACGAGCGUCCUCAAAUUCGUCGUGGCAAGGAGUCUACUCGUUCUUCUCGGCCUGAUGCGACUUACAAUCCUACCGGAGAGAUUGGUGCCCACGAGCCAUGGUCGAAGGCGCAGGAGUCAUCUUUUGCCAAACUCAAAGUUGGACGGGAGCACCUUGAGGAGACUUUUCUCGCAGCGUUCCUUUCUUGUUGGCUUUGCAUCUUUGUGCUUCCGCUCGACAAUGUUGGUUUGAUACGUCCUUCAACUUUCAAGAUGGCAAGUGUCCUAGCGUCGGGAUUUCCAGUAAGCUUGGCCAUUCCAGUCUUAACCAGUAUUUAUAGAGGGCUAAACCAGAUCGCGGAUUCAUCAUGUCCUGGGAAAGUUCGGUCGACAAUUCCUCUCCACUUUUUGACCGGAUGGAUCGCUGAGUAUUUUCAGACCCACUACGGCGUAUGGAAGGGAAUCCGCGGUCCGGGGAUGGUGAAGCACUCCGGGGCUGUUAGUGCUCGUGCUUAUAGAGCAGAUGUUGCAUGCCGAAAGAUCUUGCGCGGUGACUACUUUCGCUGGGCUUGCACCAUGAUCACGAAAGAUUUCGACGUACGGUUUGUUGAUGACGGGAAGCGCGAAGACUACGAGCAAGAAUACUUCAUCUCCAUUCGCUCUUGUUUUCUGAUUUUGCGGGAUGGAUUUCGAUGCUUCGUGGAGCCGUAUAGUCCCCACCGUUUUUGCCGUCAAUUUGGUUUUUUCCAAGAGAUUCCCGGAGUUCUUUUGAAAGACAUCCGUUGCUGCGCUUUUGAGGAAGGCUAUCAACAUUGGCACCAAAGUACUUACUUGAAAUCUUCAGCCGAAGUUAUUCUUCCACGCAUUCCUGCGAUUCCGAGGGGAUUUUCUUCCGACGUAUACAAGAAGUGGUGGACUCAAGUUUGCGGGUCUUUCUUGGAUAAGUAUAUCCCGCCGGUACAAAAGACCACAGAUCAGACCAAGCCAUCGGAUAAAGCUCGAAAAAUGCCGCUACUUAUCUCGGGUGUUCCUGAGAGGAACAAUGGAAAUUCAAGUACUCACAAUGUCGGUUCUUCAAAGCGGGCGGUACCCUCUGUCCCUGAACGAAGCAGUAGUGAGCAUGAUGUUCAUUGGAAGCGAGCUCGUCGAGAUCCUCAUAUCAUCAACCCGUCAAGUCCUCGUUCGAGCCGACACCAUUCUUCGAGCAAUUUCGCGAGAGAGUUGGAGCAAAGAAUCCCGAGUAUGGAUGAAAAGAUGGCGAGCCGAGAUUCCAUUGUUGAGGUGAUUGGAGAAAGCAGAGGUGUUUGCAAUGAGCAAGUAAAGGAUGCUCCAACCAAGCCCAGAGUUGUUCAUUCCGUUGUGCCCGCGGUUUCAGAAUUCUGUGGCGCGAAUUUUGUGAAAGGGAUCCAACGCAAAUAUAUAGGAAAAGUAUGGUCGGAUCUUCGGGGUAAGCUUUUGAGGACACCAGCUCGUUUGCUUUCCUCGAUUAAGGACGAGGUUGAUGUAGUGCUCCAAUCAAUGAAAAGCUAUCAGUAUUCUGACAUUUCUCAUAUUGAGGACCGAGUCAAGGCCCUUUUUUAUGACGCUGCAUCUUUUGAUGAGACAUGUUCUGACUCGAUCGACGCCGUAUCCUUGGCGGCUCGUAACCAACAGAUUUCCGAGAUCAAAGAUCGAUUUUCGCACCUUGAGACGAGGCAUGUUGAGGAGUCCGAAGCUAUCAAGGAGUUAGAGGGGUGUGUGGAGAAUAUUGACGUGAAGCUUCGCUCUUUACAAGAGCAAAAAAGAGAGAAUAUUUCCCUUAUUAAGCGGCGCCAAGGAAUUGAUGAGAAUAUCACCAUUCAAAUUGCUGAAGUCAAGGAUGAACUCGCCACUGUAGAGAAUGUCCCCGCGCAAGACGAAGAAUACUUAAAAAGUUUAGAAGAGUUGUUGGAUAUUAGCAAAGAAGAGUUAUAUAAUCUUAAUGUUUAAGAUCAAUUUGUACUCUUCAUUUUGAUUGCCAAUCAAUAAAUUUAAAUUCUCUCUUCUUUUUUUAUUUUUUUUUUUCGAGCAUUUUUUUUUACCCAAAUCCUUUAUCACUUAUUUAUU